AUAGUAACUGAAACCGAACGAGUAGAAUUUCAACAUUCUGUCGAGAGUUGGGUCGCUGAAACGCGUUUUAUUUAACGUAAGUGGGUAUUUAUUUAGACACGUGUGCUUAGUGGCAAAAGUGUACUUAAAUUGCUAAGCCAAAUUACAGAAGAUGAUUCUGUGUUAAGAUUAGACAAAGUUUUGGUGACAUGCAGCUGUAGCAUUGAUAUGUAGAUAGUAUACAUUUUAUGUAAAGGACGUGAUAUGGGAAAGCAGUAAAGGAAUUAUGAAGAAUAGAGCAUCCGGAUUUUGUGCUGUUUGGAUUUUGUUUAUUAUUGAUUAUUCAAAAUGCGUAAACGUACACUUUGAGAAUAAAGAUGGUGGAUUCUUCAUAAAACAACAACCCAGACAACAUUAUUUACCCUCCAGCUCGGAUCAAACGGGAAGCACCUCUAAUUCCGGGGUGCCGCUGUCGAUAGAUCGAUUUACGGUGUUCCAAAGUUCCCAGCCGAUUUCCGUACGAGCUACUUAUGGCCCUUUUAGUACAAAGCAGACUGUUCCAGCCAGAUACGUCGUGCCUGAUCCUCUGCCAUUAAAUACGUCAGUACCGGCAAUAGACUUGCAGGAUCAAGCGACCCACCACCUGGACAUGUCCGCCCAUAUUGUUCGUGACGAGGUACCACGCGACUCUCCAGUGCUAAGAGUUCUCUUCCAUACGGGUACAGAUCCAGGAGGUCGUCGUCAAGUCUUGCUCGCUCGACAUCAUCAACGCGUCUGUAUUGUUCUUCACGCGACGAUGGGCACCAGGAUGCCAUUGCAUGCUGCAUGUAGCCCCGAUGGAGAAGACGGCGUCUGCUUAACCCAAAUCACCGUACCGUCCUCCUGGUGGCCGCCAUUACCAUCUCCUGAUAAAGACGGAAGACCGGGAAAGCUCACUAAAACACCUCCCAGAUUAGUCCAAGUGGCAUACUCUGUUUUGGAGCCUUGGCCCGAUGAGGGAGAAGGAUGUCACCCAAAAAUGCAGGUGCAACCAUCAGUUGUUUUGGGCAGUGUGCCACUUGUACCAGCUAAAGGUGCAUAUAAGGAAUUAAAACUGACGGAUGCUAUCACCAUGUUGGUACCCCACCCGCCUCUGUUUCCAUUGUCCAGACUGCAUAUCCCCGUAUUUGUAGACCGACAGAAAGCGAAAUUAUUGACGGCAAUUGUUGUAAGAGCCCGGGUGAAAAACGGAAUUCGUAUUCAAGAAGCAGUGCCUGCUGGAGCACCAGCUUGGAACAUUACGGUUGACAUCAACCCCAGACAAAUUGGGGCUACCAUAACCCUUGUCAGACGUGAACCUCCUGACACCGAGUCUGCAGCGGCCAUUGGAGAAGUUACAGAACUAUUCACUUGGCUAAUAGAAAUUACAGAAGAUGCAACGGAAGUGUAUGACGGAGCUAAAAUUGUUUGGACGGCAAGGUUCGAACCGCAUCAAGAAGAAUCAGAAAAUACUGAUUUCCACAGAACAGAGGGAAGAAAAUCUACUUCUAGAUUUGAAAUUCAGAAAGAUGAUAUUCAAGCAGUUGUACCAAUAAGCAAGAACUGGGAAGUAUUAAAUACAGCUGUAUUAACGGGUCAGCAAGUGUCUCAAACAAUGAAGGUGUUUAUAGUUUCACAAGCAGGGAAGGCAGCAGAUGUCACAUUUCAAGCAUCAUGUCAUUCUGAGGAUGAAAGCGUAUUAAAGGUAUCCUCCUCAUGUGGCUCUGUAUAUGUAGAUGGUAGUGAAGCACGUGGGUCAGUCAAUGGAUCUGUUUUGGUAAAAUAUGGAACAUAUACUGGACUCGCUCAAUUUACAGUUUGGAUGCCAGAAUUUCCUUUGGAGUUAACUGUGGGUGACACAAGAUUAUCUCAACUUAAAUCCUGGCGAAUUCCAGAUUUUCAUCCCAGUGUAACAAAAUCUAGACGAAAAAAACGUUCAUAUAGUAAUGGGUGGAAUGGAAAUGGAGCUAAUGAUAUGGCAAAUGUGGUAGAAAAGCCUGUUUGUCGAUUAAGAUAUCAACAAACAUCUGUAGAUGUGUAUGCCCACUUUUUUGCAACAGAUCACGAUUCCGGCCGUACUAAAUAUUUGAUCAACAGAAGAACAUGGCUGAGAGUUACAGAUUUAGUUUUGCCUUGGUUAAGAGUAAGUGAUCCAAGGAUUGCAAGUCUGCAUGGAAGAAUAUUACAAGGUAGAACUAUGGGAAGGACAGAAGUUCAGGUACUAUCUCCUAUAACUAGCCGUGUAUAUGGUUCCAAAGAAAUCAGAGUAGGGAACGAUAAAGUGGCACUGUCGAGACUUUCUGUUCAAGUAGUUUCAGGAUUGCAACUUAACAUAUCGCCAGAUAGUUCCAUUGAAAAUGUAUAUAUAGCUGAAACUGGCAUAACAAGAAAGUUAACUGCACAAUAUCAGGAAGGGCUUUUGGAUAUUGAACUAGAAUUUUCUGAUGGUUCAAAAACACCAUUGAGAGACAUUUCAGACACAGAUUAUCAUUUAGUUGUAGAAAGUCUUGAUCCUGAAGUAGUAGCAUUUGCACCAAUGGUUGCUUCUCACCACCCCCGAGUAAUAGCUAUUGGUGAAGGUAGUGGUGACCUCCUACAAGUAACACUUUUAUUGGCAGAAGAAUGCAGGACUGGCGGAAGACCCAAAAUGAAAACUUCUGGCCCACUGGCCACUGCAGCCGCAUCUAUUACGGUUGAUUUUAGCAGUAGUGAUUUGUCGCAUAGACGUGAUAUUUUACAAAAUGAUGGUGGAAGCUUUUCUAAUUCAAAACUUGGAAGAGAAUUUUCUGAUCUUCAAGAUAUGUUAAAAGGUACUCCUUUAAAAGAUGAAGAUUCUCAGGAACCAAAUGUUCAAGCCAGGCAGUACCAAAAUAAUAAAGGUGUAUUUCGCAAUCACAAUGCUACUCACAUGAAACCAUUAGAAAUCAGCAUGUAUGUUCUACUUGCAGCAUUUUGUUGUGCUAUUGUUGUUUUUGUAGUGUCUUGUGUUGUGUAUGCAUCUAAGUUUAAAACAAUCGAUGGAGGUAUUGUAGCAGGCAUUCGGCCAUCUCCUGUUAAUCCUAGUAGUUUAGUAAUUCACCGUGAGCCACGUAAACCAAGAGAAUCUACAACAAAUGCCCAUGACUGGGUUUGGUUAGGCCGAGCAACAUUAGACAGUACAAAUCGUAAUUCUACUGCAAUAAACAAUAAUUCGACCGAUAUGAGAAUCAUUACUAAUCCACUGAAUGUAAAUUAUUGUGAGCCCGAAGAUUGUUUGGCAGCAACAGGUUUCAGUAAUCCCAGCCAUAUAGAAUUACCAAGCAAGCCUUCAAUGACAAACUCGACUGAUGUGAAUUCAAACAAGGCCAUUGACAGCAGUACAUAUUGUAAGAGCAAAAUUGGUGGAGGGAUAAAUAAAGCUAACGAUAUUAAUGAUGAUCUACAAGUUUGGAACAAACCUACUCCUCCACCUCCUUUGCCACCACAUGGAGCUCCACUUCAACCACAACGCACUAAAUUCAUCAAAGACGAGGAAGAUUACCGCCCACCUGUACCUCCUCACAGAAAUAUAGGAAUUACAGCGAAUAGCUCCUCUUCCGAACAUAUUCCACAAAAGAAAACUCAUCAUCAUCAUCACAUUAGAAAUAGAAGCCAAGACAAACUUAGUCAUCACAGACUUUCGAAUGACAUAAGUAAAACAAGCUCAAGACCAAACAGUGGAUUAGGUAGAGAUACAAAGGAUGAAGUAGAUAAGAAGGAAUGCCAUGUAUUUGAAUUUGAUGAUGAACCACACGAGGCUCCAAGAAAAGAGGAAAAAAUUGAAUUUGUCCAAUAUCCCAAAUCUCCCAAUGCUAAUUGUAAUAGAACCAGUGCAGAAGUGAAAAGAGCUACAAUUGUGGGAAAUCCCAUGUGUUUGGACGAAAAUAAUGGCGAGAUAAAUAAAACUGCUGAAGAGCUUCCUAAUUUAGAUGAUUUACAACUAGAUAUGGAUUAUGACCAGAUUAUGCAUUAUUUUGAAAAUUUAAAGGAAUCGAAUGCCUGAGUAGAAGAGAUCAUUGCAAAGAUCCGCGACAUACUGUUGUCCUUCAGUGAGCAAUAUCGAGCAAGUGCCCUAAAUGGUAAUAUAACGAGUCCUGAUCCUACAAGAAACAUCAGUCAGAGUUUUGACUACUUUUUUGAUUACGUCAGUGAAUCAUAUGGUUAAACUUAUUGUAUUACUAUAUAGUUGGGGUCAAUUAUAAACAAAAGGAAACCUUACAGAUGUCUUAUCAUGUAUACCCAUUACAUAACAAAUGCAAGACUGAUUAAAGUUGCUUAAAUUUAUUAAAUAAUAAUUAAUAUGUUGUACAAUCAAUGAUUCUUCUGAAUUUAGUUCUGUAAUACAAAAAGCCGUAAAUUAUAGAAUUGGACUAUGUGUAUUUUUAAUUUAUGCUGGAAAUGUUGAUAAAGGGUAUAACAACGAUAUAAUGUCACGGUCUUUGUUAAGGAUUUUUGCAGUGAUCAAAAACUAUUGUCUAGUCAAAACAACAAAUAAGCUUUAUUUAUCUAGGUAAUAAAACAGUUUUGAAGUAUCUGUAAAAUAAUGCCAUAUAUAUAUAUGACUGCUAUUAUUAAUGCACAAUUUAUGGUUCCUGAAGAAAGAAGUGUAUACUUUUUGCUUUAUAUUGUAAUAAAUAAAAUGUUUAAUUUUAGUCAUUAUCCGUUUUGAAUAAUCAAAUCUCAGCAAAUAUCUACUUGAGGAGAUACUGCUCAACACUUAAGGAAAUGUAGUUGUUUUACCAAUUUUAUUAUUUAAGAUUUGUACAAUUUUGUAUUAUAUAUCUACUUGUGUACAUAGAUAGAAUGUGUAUAUCUCCCCGACUGAUAUUAUACAUGGGAUUUUUAUAUUUUAUGCUACUACAAAUCUCUAAUUUAAAAAAUAUAUAUAAUGUUAUAAUAGAUUAUUUUGUGCUUAGUACUCUAUUUUUUAAUGUGGAUGUUAUGUUUGGCACAAAAAUAUGUAUUUUUUUGUAUAUAACGCAAAAUAGACGGACUGCUUAGUUUAUCAUAAGCUGCUAAGCUAAAGUACAGUUAAGACAGUAUAUUAAUCUAGUCUUCUUAUAGUAAAACCUAAGGUAUCCACUAAAAAAUGUUUCUAACGUUUAUGUCUAGAUGCUUUUGGAAGUUAGUGAUAAUUAUUAUCAGCACAUAAUUCCUCGGAAGCUGUUACAAUACUUGCCUUUCCUUUUUUUUACGGGUUGCAUCAUUUCUAUUAAACUAUUUCAAUGUUUUAUACCUAUUUAACAGAAAAAACUUACCUACAAAAACUAAUAGUAUUAUAUAAUUUUCAUGUCAGUACUGUAAAUUUACAUACGAUAAAAAAUAUCAAAAACUUUAACAAUAACUAAUUUAGGUCACAUUUAUACUGCAAGCCAUUAUGCCUGGAAGUAAUGUAUGUGUUCAUACUGUAGGCAGGUUAAGGCUUUUAGUGGACUAAGUCUACUAAGAAACUUGCUUCAAAGGUGAACAUGUUGUAUAAAUUCCCUUCUGUUUCGGAGGGUUCAUCAGAAAAAUAUAGAAUUUCAUCAGUUAUUUUCUAACAUGAACAUCACAGUUCUUGUCAGCGCUAUAUAGGGUCAUAUGGGCUUUAAUUGGAAAAUUUCCCGGGU